GGAGCCUCCUGAACGUGACUGUCCCGGGCGAAGUGGCCCUGGACCGGCCGAAGCCACAGCCUGAAGAGACCCAGGAAGAGGAAAGGAGGAGGUAAGCGGGGCCGCCGCCUCCUCCCGGCGGCGCGGAAGACACCCGGGUGGCCGCCUGGGCUGGCGACACUAGCAGCGCUCCCCCCCAGUGCCGCGCCGGAGCCUUCCGCUGCAGCAGCCUCAGUCCGGAGGAGGAAGGGAGCCAACCCACUUUCCCAGCGCUUCGGCUCUUCUCUCCAGCGGGAUCUCAACCAUCAGCAGGAGCUUUAAAAGGCUAUCAGAGUAUUUGGUACCUUUAGGUCAGGACCCCUGUGGACUUCCCACUACCAUGAAAGACACUGCCAGAAGAAUGCUGUUCUCCCCACUUACAAAAGGAAAAGAUUACUUCCUUAGGAUAGAUUGCCAGAAGUGGAGUUACUGGGUCAGAGGAAUGUGAAGACCUUUCCAUCUUCUGAUAGUCUAGCCAAGGUCCAAGAAGUAGCAAGCUGGCUUUUGGAAAUGAAUCAGGAACUGCUGUCUGUGGGCAGCAAAAGACGACGAACUGGAGGCUCUCUGAGAGGUAACGCUUCCUCAAGCCAGGUAGAUGAGGAACAGAUGAAUCGUGUGGUCGAGGAGGAGGAGCAGCAGCAGCAGCAGCGCCAGCAGCAGCAGCAGCAACUAAGACCAGAGGAGGAGCAUACUGCCAGGAAUGGUGAGGUUGUUGGGGCAGAACCUCGACCCGGAGACCAGAAUGAUUCCCAGCAAGGACAGCUAGAAGAAAACAAUAAUCGAUUUAUUUCAGUCGAUGAGGACUUCUCAGGAAACCAAGAAGAGCAAGAGGAGGAUGAAGAACAUGCUGGUGAGCAAGAUGAGGAGGAGGAGGAAGAGGAGGAGGAGGAGGAGAUGGACCAGGAGAGUGAUGAUUUUGAUCAGUCUGAUGACAGUAGCAGAGAGGAUGAACAUACACACAGUAACAGUGUCACGAACUCCGGUAGUAUUGUGGACCUGCCCAUUCACCCACUCUCCUCCCCGUUCUAUACAAAGACUACAAAAAUGAAAAGAAAGUUGGACCAUGGGUCUGAGGUCCGCUCUUUUUCUUUGGGAAAGAAACCAUGCAAAGUCUCAGAAUAUACAAGUACCACGGGACUUGUACCAUGUUCAGCAACACCAACAACUUUCGGGGACCUGAGAGCAGCCAAUGGCCAAGGGCAGCAGCGACGCCGGAUUACAUCCGUCCAGCCACCCACAGGCCUCCAGGAGUGGCUGAAGAUGUUUCAGAGCUGGAGUGGACCAGAGAAAUUGCUUGCUUUAGAUGAACUCAUUGAUAGCUGUGAGCCCACCCAAGUAAAACAUAUGAUGCAAGUGAUAGAGCCCCAGUUUCAACGAGACUUCAUUUCCUUGCUCCCUAAAGAGCUGGCACUUUAUGUGCUCUCGUUCCUGGAACCCAAAGACCUGCUUCAAGCAGCUCAGACAUGUCGCUACUGGAGGAUUUUGGCUGAAGACAACCUUCUCUGGAGAGAGAAAUGCAAAGAAGAGGGGAUCGAUGAGCCAUUACACAUCAAGAGAAGAAAAGUAAUAAAACCGGGUUUCAUACACAGUCCGUGGAAAAGUGCAUACAUCCGACAACACAGGAUUGAUACGAACUGGAGGCGAGGAGAACUCAAGUCUCCUAAGGUGCUGAAAGGACACGAUGACCAUGUGAUCACAUGCUUACAGUUCUGUGGUAACCGGAUAGUCAGCGGCUCUGAUGACAACACUCUGAAGGUCUGGUCGGCAGUCACAGGCAAAUGUUUGAGAACGCUAGUGGGACAUACAGGUGGCGUGUGGUCAUCGCAGAUGAGAGACAAUAUCAUCAUUAGUGGGUCCACAGAUCGGACUCUCAAAGUGUGGAACGCAGAGACCGGGGAAUGUAUACACACCCUGUACGGACACACCUCCACUGUGCGUUGUAUGCAUCUCCACGAGAAGAGAGUUGUGAGCGGCUCUCGAGAUGCCACUCUUAGGGUUUGGGAUAUUGAGACAGGCCAGUGUUUACAUGUUCUGAUGGGUCAUGUGGCCGCAGUCCGUUGCGUUCAGUAUGAUGGCAGAAGGGUUGUUAGUGGAGCGUAUGAUUUUAUGGUGAAGGUGUGGGAUCCAGAGACUGAGACCUGUCUACACACGUUGCAGGGGCAUACUAAUAGAGUCUAUUCAUUACAGUUCGAUGGCAUCCAUGUGGUGAGUGGCUCUCUCGAUACAUCGAUCCGAGUUUGGGAUGUGGAGACAGGAAAUUGCAUUCACACGUUAACAGGGCACCAGUCGUUAACAAGUGGAAUGGAACUCAAAGACAAUAUCCUUGUCUCUGGGAACGCAGAUUCUACAGUUAAAAUCUGGGAUAUCAAAACAGGACAGUGUUUACAAACAUUGCAAGGACCCAACAAGCAUCAGAGUGCCGUGACCUGUUUACAGUUCAACAAGAACUUUGUCAUUACCAGCUCAGACGAUGGAACUGUCAAACUAUGGGACUUGAAAACGGGUGAAUUUAUUCGAAACCUAGUCACAUUGGAGAGCGGGGGGAGCGGGGGUGUGGUGUGGAGGAUCAGAGCCUCGAACACGAAGCUGGUGUGUGCCGUCGGGAGUCGGAACGGGACUGAAGAAACCAAGCUGCUGGUGCUGGACUUCGAUGUGGACAUGAAGUGAAGAGCAGGGGUGAUGAAUUUGUCCAAAUGUGUAGACGAUGUACUCCCUGCCCUUCCCCCUGCAAAAACAAAAACAAAAAAACAACAACAAAAACAAACAAACAAAAAAACAAAAAAAAAAAGAAAAAAGAAAAGGUAAAAAAAGAAAAGAAAAAGAAAAAAAUCCCUUGUUCUCAGUGGUGCAGGAUGUUGGCUUGGGGCAACAGAUCGAAAAGACCUACAGACUAAGACGGGAAAGAGGAAGAGAUGACAAACCGUAACUGACACGAGAGGCGUCUGCUGUCUCAUCACAUACAAGGCUUCACUUUUGACUGAGGGCAGCUUUGCAAAAUGAGACUUUCCAAAUCAAACCAGGUGCAAUUAUUUCUUUAUUUCUCCUCCAGUGGUCAUCGGGCAGUGUUGACGUUACAGAUCCUGCUGGCCUGUUCUUUACCACUGGC